AUGAACCGGUUGAAAACUCUCUUCGGGAACCCGGAGUUUAUUGUUGAAACGAUGGUGAAUAAGGUUGAAUUGAUGCCACCACCGAAAGCCGAGAAACUGGAAACCAUUGUAGAUUUCGGCGUUGCAGUGCAGAAUUUGUGUACUACAAUUCAAGUAUGCCAAAUGGACGAACGUUUUUACAACGUGGCGUUGCUCCAGGAACUUUUUGACAGUUUACCGCCGGCAUUAAAAAUGAAAUGGGCAUUCUAUCGAAAGGAAAUCAGAGCAGCCACUUUACGGGAGUUCAAUGCGUGGCUUGGGAACAUGGUUGAUGCCAUAAGUCAGGUGAGCAGACCACAAGCUUACACGAAGCCUUUGAAGAUGGAGAAGAAAGGUCGGAAAGAAGAUGCCUUUGUACAUCUGCAUUCCGAACAACCGCCUGAGUUGAUCAAUCGCAGAGCAUGUUUAGCGUGUGCAGGAGAAUGCAGUAGUCUUGACAAAUGUAACAGUUUCUUAAGGAUGGUACCGAAUGCAUGGUGGGCAUUAGUGAAUGAAAAGAAGAUCUGUCGAAAAUGCUUGACUAAACACUUUAGAACAUGCGAGAUAAAAGUUCCUUGUAACCAGAACGGUUGUAGUUUUCUGCACCAUCGUUUACUCCACGAUGAUAGCAAGUACCAGGGUCGUUCAUCGCCGAGUGAAUUAUUGGAAAAUUCUUCAUGUAAUGCACAUCACUGCCCGCCCGAUGGAGUGCUUUUAAAAUAUGUCCGUGUUACACUACACGGGAAGAACCGAUCGAUCGACACGUACGCCUUCCUCGAUGCUGGAUCAACCUCCACGUUAAUGGAGCAUAGCUUAUGGGAGGAGUUGAAUCUGGGUGGCGAGAGAAAUCCGCUAUGCAUCACAUGGACUGGCGGUCAGGGGAGAUACGAAGGAAAUUCAGUGAAAUGUUCCCUCGACAUAUCAGGUGCCCAAAAUCCAACCAAGCGUUUCUACCUUUCCAAAGUGCAUACUGUACGGAAACUGGAUCUUCCUUCGCAAUCGAUGUCUGCUACGGAGCUCACAAGAUACUUCCAAUAUUUAUCCGGUCUUCCUCUCGAAUCGUACUCUAAAGUGAAACCACGCAUCCUGAUAGGUGUGGAUAAUUCCAGAUUAGACUAUCCAUUGGACUCCAGAGAAGGGAGCUAUAGUCAACCUACUGCUGUACUGACACGAUUGGGUUGGAUAAUCUACGGGCCAUGUUCAGUUGCAAAACGAUCGACGACUGUGAAUGAGAAUGCGUAUAGCUAUCACAUCUGUGAGUGUGAUGCCCUUCAGUCGGCUGUCAAGAAUUAUUUCGCUCUGGACAGUCUUGGAAUUCAACUCAAUGGGAAGACAUUGAUGUCGAACGAGGAUGAACGUGCGAUUAGCCUGCUGCAGUCCAAUACCGUGUUGAAGGACAAGAAAUACGAAACAUGUCUUCUAUGGCGAUACGACAAUGUUAGGUUGCCGGAGAGUAAGGCAAAGGCUCGGAAACGUCAUAACUGUCUCGACAAGCGCAUGGAACGUGAGCCAGAGUUAGCUAGAGUAUUUCAGGAGAAAAUCUUUGACUAUAAAGCUAAAGGAUAUAUCCGUGAACUUCUAGCGCAUGAGGAGGAAAUGCAAAGAGAACGUUCGUGGUAUCUGCCAAUUUUUCCCGUGUUCAAUCCCAACAAACCCGGAAAGCUUCGGAUUGUGUGGGAUGCCGCAACAAAGGUAGGCGCAGUUUCGCUGAAUACCUUUCUAUUGAAAGGCCCGGAUCUAGUUACACCUCUUCCGCAAGUACUUCAUAGGUUUCGAGAACACCGAGUGGCGGUCUCCGGUGAUGUGCGCGAAAUGUUUCAUCAGGUCUUGAUGAAUCGUGACGAUCAGCAUUGUCUAAGGUUUUUCUGCAACGAAGGUUUCCCCGGUAAGGCUCCUACUGUAUAUGUUAUGCAGCUGAUGACGUUUGGUGCAAGCUGUUCGCCAAGCAGUGCACAAUACGUUAAGAAUCUAAAUGCGGAACGUUUCAGAACCCAGUUUCCGGAAGCAGUGGAUGCGAUCUGUAAAGGAACAUAUGUGGAUGACAUGUUAUACAGUGUCGAAACGGAAGAAGAGGCAGUUAGACUUGCUCAGAACGUACGCUUCAUCUAUUCUGAAGGAGGAUUCGAAAUCCGUGGAUGGUUGUCGAACUCUAAGAAGGUGGUGGAGUCCAUGGGCGAACACGGAAUUGCCGCGAAAAGUCUUGACCAAAAUGCGGAAUUGGCGACCGAAAAGGUCUUGGGAAUGUGGUGGGACACAAUCAGUGACACCUUUACUUUCAGAACUCCACAACGGUGCAGGCCUGAAUUAUUGUCUGGACAGCAGGUUCCUACGAAGCGGGAGGUAUUGCGGAUUCUCAUGUCAGUUUAUGACCCGCUAGGACUCCUCGCUAAUGUACUGAUGUACCUAAAAGUUCUACUUCAAGAGAUCUGGCGAAUGAAAAUAGGCUGGGAUGAGCCAAUAUUCGAUGAACUAUUUGCCAAAUGGAAAGCGUGGAUUAAUGUAUUGAAUAUGGUUGAGUCAGUAGCUGUCCCUCGAUGCUAUCGUACGACGACUUCCUCCUCCCUGAAAACCAACGAAGUUCAGCUCCAUAUUUUCGUUGAUGCGAGUGAGGAUGGGUAUGCAGCGGUCGCAUACUUUCGAUAUGAAGAAGGAGGCGUUAUUGAGUGUGCAUUCGUAACGGCCAAAACCCGUGUUGCUCCCCUGAAAUACGUUUCGGUUCCACGACUAGAGCUUCAAGCGGCAUGCGAAAACGGUUUUUCUGGACUGACUUGGGAUGUACUGUGCUGGCUACGGUCAGAUCAUAGAAGGUACAGCAAAUUUGUCGGGCCAGAGGUUGGCGAAAUCCUGGAGAAGACCGAGUUAACGGAGUGGUUUUGGGUACCAACCAAGUUGAAUGUAGCUGAUGAAGGAACGAAGUGGCAGAAGACUCCUGAUCUCUCGCCAUUCAGUCGGUGGUUUAGAGGACCUGAUUUCUUGCAGCAGCAGCGAAGUGCAUGGCCAGCCCAGCCAUUGGAUCAUGGUUCAACCACUAACGAGAUGAAGCUAUCAAUAAACGUACACGUUGCCCGUGAUACUCUCAUCGAUUUUUCUAAAUUCUCUAAGUGGCGGAAGCUCAUUCGGACCAUUGCCUUGGUGCUGCGGUUUCCGAGAAAUAUUAGAGCUAAACAUCAGCACAGCCAACCUACCAUCGGUAUCCUCCAGCAGAUGGAGCUUUUCGAAGCAGAGAACUUUAUUUAUCGACAAGCGCAGUUGGAGGAAUUCAGCGAAGAAAUGUCGUUACUGCUUUCUGGAGCAUCAAUUCCAAAAGAUAGCUCGAUUUACAAACUGUCGCCCUUCCUGGAUGAGAACGGUCAUCCGGUUACUACUUGCGUCGUUCAAUCGGUUCACGAACAGUACCAUCAUCUCAACCACGAAACCACCGUAGUUAACGAGUUACGACAAAAGUAUCGCAUCCCGAGGCUUCGUAGUGUUUGCUACAAAAUCCGACAAGACUGUCAGGCUUGCAAGAAUGCUAGAGCUAGUCCGCAACCGCCCCUAAUGGCAGAUCUUCCGCCAGCAAUGCUCGCUGGAUACACCAGACCCUUUGCCUAUGUCGGGAUCGACUACUUCGGCCCGAUUCAAGUAGUUGUUGGUAGACGCACAGAGAAGAGAUGGGGAGUACUCUUUACCUGCUUGGUGGUGCGCGCCAUUCACAUCGAAAUCGUACAUUCGCUCAACACAAGCUCGUGUAUUUUGGCCCUGCAAAAUUUCAUAGCCAGGAGAGGAACUCCGAUAGAAGUAUUCAGCGAUCGUGGAACGAAUUUCGUUGGAGCGGAACGUGAGCUGCGUGAUGCUUUGCGUUCCAUAUACCACAGUAAACUCAUGGAAGAGAUUGUGACACCAGACACUAAAUGGACUUUCUUGCCUCCAAGCAGUCCCCACAUGGGUGGAAGCUGGGAGAGAUUGGUCAAAUCGGUAAAGAAGGUAUUGUACCAGAUAAAACUUCCCAGGCUACCCACAGACGAAGUACUCAGGAACAAAUUGCUAGAGAUUGAGAAGACCAUCAACUCACGCCCCCUCACAUACAUACCUGUCGAAGAUGGCGAGAAAGAAGCACUAACGCCCAAUCAUUUUUUGUUGGGAUCAUCCAGCGGUUCCAAACCUCUUGUGCCGUACAACGACAGCCUCGCUACGCUAACCAAUAGCUGGAGAACUUCGCAGAUCUACGCCAACCUCUUUUGGAAAAGAUGGCUGCAGGAGUACUUGCCAUCGAUAAGUCGGCGCACAAAGUGGCAUUACCCGGUAAAGCCAAUCCAGAUUGGCGACGUAGUGAUAAUCACAGAUCCGGAUCUACCAAGGAACUCAUGGCCCAAGGGACGAGUUGUAGAUGUCAAACGCGGUAAAGACGGUCAAGUACGUAGCGCUACAGUGAAAACUGCAGUCAAUGUGUAUGAACGACCUGCGGUAAAGCUGGCAGUUUUGGACGUCGGCGCAACACUUAGUAAGCAGGACCCAGGACCCUGCGUACUGGGGGGGAAUGUUACGCAAUAUGCGAAACGCGCCUCCGAUGUACAGAAACUAUCCUCGGGAAUCGGCACUAUCGGCAACACUGGUAAGGUUUACUAG